AUGACGUCGACCCAGCAAGCUCGCACUAUUGCCGUUCUAGGUGCCACGGGAAACCAAGGACAAGGCGUUGUGCGCGCUCUUCUUCAUAAAGCAUCCCUAUCCUUUCACGUCCGUGCCAUUACGCGAGACGUUGAAAGCCCAGCGGCUCAGCGUCUCCUACAAGAUUUCCAGUCCCAUGGAAGACUGAGUCUUGCAAGCGCUAACAUCUACGACAUCGAGAGCUUACGCUUGGCGUUCAAGGGCGCUUAUGGGGUCUUUGCUGUAACUCACAAUCGACUCCCGGGCAAGACUAUUGAUACUGAGGACCAGCUGCGUCAUGAGUUGGCUGCUGGUAGCAAUAUUGUGGACGCUGCGGAGUAUUGCAAGGUCGAGCACUUUGUCAUGAGCAGUCUCCCGAAUCUUACCACGUCGAGUGGUGGAGUCUUCACGAAGGUCUAUCAUUUUGAUUACAAACACGAAAUUGAGCAGUUGGCUCGAAGGCAAUUGCCUGCUGUCACAGCUUUAAUCCCAGGCCUAUUCUACACCAAUAUGAUAUGGACGCAGUAUUGUCGAAGACAAGAAGAUGGCUCCGUUCGCUUUUGCGCACCUGUGUCUGGUGACACGCUUGCGGAUUGGGUUGAUCCAGGGUAUGAUGUCGGUGUCUUUGCAAGCGAAGUUUUCGCAGCCGGUCCACAGAAAGCAGGUUCAAAGACGUAUCCUGUGGUCAGCCCUAAAAUUCCAUUUUCUCAGUUUUCGGAGAUCUUUUCGACAGUAACAUCUCAACCUUCUUGCUUCGAGUCAACGACUAUGGAGGAAUGGGGUGCGACUGUAGCGGCGACAGUCGGAAAGGGAUAUGAAGAAGAUAUAAAACAGAUGAUGCAGUGGAUUGCCAUGGCCCCAAGCGAUAAGAUUUGCUAUGGAACUAUGGAUGCUGCAGAUGACACAUCCUGGCAGGAUCUCGGCGUGCGAGCAAGCACAUUCGAGGAGUGGAUGGCAAGGUCAAACUGGCAGGGGCCGUAG